CACAUAGCUAUUUAGACAUACUAUACCAUUGCGAUAGAAAGUCAUGUUCACUGGUAAAUAGGAUUUUAGCUUGUGAGGUCAACAAUGGCCUUGGCGACGGGCGCGGCUCCUAUGGACGUCAACCUUCCGUCCUUUCCUAAGAACAUUAUGCUGGAAAUAGUAUCAAAGUCCGUGGAGGGAACGUGCCUGCAUGACAGGCUCCCGCUUGCCAUGUGUCCAUGGAACGAGGACUCCCUGGCGGCUGCUCUUCAAAACGGUUCAGCUGAUACCUUCUUCCUUUAUGAAGAGGGUGGCGCGAGCCAACAGAGUGCGCGGAUCGUUGCUAGCAUCGCUCUGGUACUUAAGGACCAUGUCCUGCGGCGCUUUUGUUGCCGCGCGGAUGUCGUGGCGGCAUUGGAGGAAUUCAAGUGCACCAUGCUAGUAUGCGGCAGCUUUGCCGUUAACGAGGACGGCAGCAUGGUGACUUGGACACUUUCCCACAGCAAGGCGUGCCGUGUGGCAGGAACAGAGCAGUCCGGAUAUGACGGGCUCACCCGGGUACAGGCGGACAACCUGGCGGCAAGGGCAGCGCCUUCCACCCUCACCAAUGCAACGGGGGUCACAGCAGGAACGGAGGCGACCCGCUCAAAAAGUGCCACGAUGACAUUCGGCAAAUUGGAGACGGCCGUGUCUGGGCUACUGGACCCAGCUGUGACCCAAUCGCAGCGCAUCCAGUAUUGCAAAGCAAUUGACGCUGAGUGCAGGAACGGCCAGAACUCGUUGGUGAGAGAAGUCGCACACGGGGUCUGGCCACGGGAUGCUGGCAGUGGGCACCUUGUCACCCUCAGCGACAUGUCAAAUGCGCACGGGAUUGCGUACACGGACCUGCUCGCGGGCGGCGUCGUCUACAACAUGCUUACGGUAGAGCCGGGUGACAACGUGCUGUAUGCUGGCUUGCCCACGGAGGACGGUAACAUCGCGGCCGUGGGCAUGACUUUCAACUUGGAGCAGCUGCGGUUGCUGGUGGAGGGGGCGGCGAAGUACGACUACCUAAAGACGGAUGCGGCAGCUCGGAAGGCAAGAGCUGCUAACCUGUACGAGCUUCCAUCGCUCGAGGAGCUGUGGAUGAAGGAGUGCCGCCCUUACUCGUCCACCGCCAAGGCCAACGAAUGUGGCAAGGGCAAGGGCGUGAACGACCCGAGGAAGGAUUUGCAGGACAAGGAGGCUUACGUGGCAAAUCUCAAGACGAUGGCCAUGCGCGGGUCCAGCCUCUACACGGGAUACGCGAUUGUGGGCGGGGGUGCGUCUCAAGCCGCUAGCUAUACGGAGAAGCUCAGCAAGUCCUGCAAGGAGUACUUUGAGUCCAAGGGGCAGGCGGAUGAGGAGGUUGCAGCGGCAAUGGAGGGCGUAAGGGGUAGGUCCACCCAAUGCACCCACUUGCAGUACGUACUGGAGGCGGGGCUCUUGUACAGCAAGGACGGGCAGGGACAGUACCCUAUCGACUUGCUGAACAAGUGCCCUAUCAAGGGCAAUGCUGGUAGGGCCGCCGCGAGGAUUCGGCAGUCCAUGUACUUGCAGUACGCUGGGCGCCUUGGCGCGCUGUGCAAGAAGGAUGCUCCAAUCGCACCGUUGGGGCUGCUACUGGCGGUGGGAGCUUCAUCCUCGUACAGGGAAGCUGGGGAGCUUAUCAACCAGUACCGGGCGGCUAGGAAAUCUGGCAAUCCGCCCGCUCGGCCAGUGGUGGCAUUGGCGCGGCGCUUCUUUGGCAUCGCGCCGGAGCCUCCGUCCGUCAACACAAUCCCCAACACGGCUGGUGGCGUAGGCGUUCGGAUUGAGGUCGACGGAGGUGGCGGUGCUGCUGGUGGCGCCACAGGCGGUGCCGCAGGGGGUGCUGGAGGUGCUGGUGAGGGAGUGGCCGCGCCCUUGGAUCAAGGUGCGGCCCAGCCUGGUGCGGCGGCCACCACAGCGCACAGCGACGAAGAGGUACGUCAAUGUGAAGCCUUCGUGGGUAGACAUUUGGCUAAGGACUGCAUGGCUCACACAGCUCGCAUCUUCUGAGCAUUUGAAACGGGUAUUGGGUGCAAUGUGCUGAACCGCCCCUUUCUUAUCCCAUGUUGUCCCGCAGGAGGAGCCGGAUCUGGCGCUGAUUAACUUGGAUGUCUUUGGUGUCGAGCCGCCAGUGCAGCAGCGUGCGCCACGGGGUCGGCAGCGGGCGUCUGGUCUGGAUGACGACCUCGGAGCCCGUGGUGGCAGGAAGAAGCAGCGGACCGGGGCUGCUAAGGUGGCGAAGAGCGG